AGCAAAGGGAAUAUUUCCUUAUUGGGAAACAGGAAGCUUUUUUUUGACACUCAUGCGCUGGUGUGCCUCUUGGAAGAAAAUGGGUUCACUACUCAGCAGUCGGAGGUCAUUGUAUCUGCAUUAGUGAAAAUUAUGAACACCAACCUGGAUAUGAUUUACAAGGACAUGGUCACCAAAGUACAGCAGGAAAUUGCACUUCAGCAAGUAAUGUCCCAUAUUGGUGGCGUGAAAAAGGACAUGAUUAUUUUGGAAAAAAGUGAAUUUUCAGCACUUCGUUCAGAAAAUGAGAAAAUAAAACUUGAACUCCAGCAGAUAAAGAAGCAAGUCAUGGAUGAAAUUACCAAAGUUCGUGCAGAUAACAAGUUAAAGCUAAACCUAGAGAAGAGCAGAGUAAAAGAAUUGUACUCACUUAAUGAAAGAAAACUACUUGAAAUGAGGGCAGAAGUAGUGGAACUGCAUGCGCAACAAGAUCGAGCUCUGACCCAAACAGACAGAAAAAUAGACACAGAAGUUGCAGAUCUGAAAACAAUGCUCGAAUCACACAAACUUGAUAAUAUUAAGUACUUAGCAGGUUCAGUAUUUACAUGCCUUACUGUAGCACUGGGAUUUUAUCGUUUAUGGAUAUAAAAAAACACCAAUUUAAAGGGACUUCUACUGUCUUGGUUUCUGAAAAAAAGUUUUAUCUUUGCCUGGACUUUAACCAACUCUUGACUGUUUUAUUUAUUUUUUUUGUAAAGCAGACUAUAUUGAGAAUGUAACCAAAGACGUGCCUAGAAACAAACUGUACACAUAUCAUGCAUAUUUUGAAACUUACCUCUGAUGAAAGCAUGCUAUACGCAUUUCUGCCAUUUCCCUCCAUUCUGAACUGCAGCACACCUUGCUGCUACAGUGUUGUGUAAAGACUGGCAUUCGUACCAGUGGUAUGGGGCUGCAUGCUGUAGAGAAGAAUCUAUGGAAUUGUGUUCCAUUGCCUAUUCAGGCAUGCUUGCCGGAGUCAGUUGUGUGUAUCAGACUGAGUCUUGAUUAUUAAUGUAAAACUGAAACUACAUGUUUUGUGGCUUGGAGGCACUCUUGUAUAAGUAGAAUUUAUGUUAACUGAAUCAUGCUUAAUUCCCUCCUUCUAAGACUUGUUCAUGUAGCUACUAUGAUCAAAUAUUUGUUUUGCUGUUUUUACAACAUUACAGUCAUCAGCUUGUUUUCCAGAUGGCUGUCCAAUCAGUCAUGUUUCAUGAAAGAGUACUGUGUAAUGAUAGCAGUGUUUGUUGCUAGUUUUGUUUGUAUUAUAUUUGUAGAGGUUUUUGUGACUGACUUGCCUUUGGUACAUAUAAGUGUCUGAUACUCAUUCCAUAUGCUAAUUGUUAACUUUACCACUGUAACUGGAAGUUGGAAAUGCAGUAAAAUACACUAGUUGUGUUAAUUUACAGUUAAGUGAUAUGAAGUGUCUCUGGUGCUGCCUUCUUGCUGGAAGGGAAUUGAUGCUUCUAGAAAGGAAAGAGAUUUUAAAUGGUGGUUCUGAAGCAGUGUCUUAGGCGAGGGAACUGCAAUACUGACUGUCUUCUGGGGUUUUUGUUGGUUUACUUCUUAAAAAAAAAAAAUUAAAAAUUCCUGUUUGUUCUUCAAAUGUGGAACUUUGAUAGUGAUUAUAAUAAUGAAAGCAGUAAUGGAGACCUGCAAGGAUGUUUAAUCCAGUUCUGAGCAAGCCCAUGUGAACUAGUAAGUGCAACUGAAAGCAGUGAAGGAAGGCGCCCAGUGUAUCCAGAUACCUAUCACUCUUCCACUGAUGAAAUGGCUGCUUUAGUAGCAGAGCUGCCAUCUGUGUUCCUUCAGUUAAGGGAAAUUUCCCUUUCUUGCUUGCUCUUAGGAAGAGAGAACGAUCUAUGCACUGGUAAUAAAUGCUGUUAGAGCACAAUCGUGGCUUUGCUUAAUGAAAGUAAAGCUGUCUGGCUACUUUGUGCCUGUACUGUAAUAACCAUUUAACUUGUUUGGUAGUUGGGAGUGCCAACUUUGAUCAUGUGCAAGUGUGGAGGAAGAGAUGCAUGCCUGUAACAGUACUAUACUGGCCUGAAAUAAAGAAUUUUGAAUAUUUCAUAGAA